GGCCGGGCGGGCAGUGCUGCCCUCCUUUGGCACGGGAGCAGCGGAGGCCGCGGCCGGCAGUGGAACCGGGCCGGGCCGGGCAGAGCCGAGCAGAGCCGAGCAGAGCCGGGCCGGGCCUCCCCGCGCUGCCGCCCCGCGGGGUUCCGCGUUCCCUCCGCCCGCAGCCGCGGGGGUCACCUCUGUGCCUGGCCUGCGUCCCACCGCCCCGCUGCACCAUGGCGUCCCGCAUCGGGCUGCGGAUGGAGCUGAUGAAGCAGCAAGCACAGCAGGAGGCCGAGCGGGAGCGCGCUCAGCAGCAGCUGAUGAUGAACUACAUGCAGCAGCAGCGCAUGCCGGUGGCCUCCACCCCCGCCAUCAACACCCCCAUCCACUACCAGUCCCCACCGCCCGUGCCUGGAGAGGUCCUCAAGGUGCAGUCCUACCUGGAGAACCCCACCACCUACCACCUGCAGAAGUCACGGGACAAGAAGGUUCAGGCGUAUCUCUCUGAGACCUAUGGGAACAAGUUUGCUGCCCACGUCAGCCCUGCCAGCCACUCACCAAAGCCACCCCCGGCUGCGUCCCCCAGCGUUCGGCCCGGCCACGUCUUGUCCUCCUCGGCGGGCAACAGCGCGCCCAACAGCCCCAUGGCCAUGCUCAACAUCGGCUCCAACCCUGAGCGGGAGUUUGAUGAGGUCAUCGAUGACAUCAUGCGCCUGGACGAUGUUCUGGGCUAUAUGAACCCUGAGGUCCACAUGCCCAACACGCUGCCAAUGUCCAGCAGUCACAUGAAUGUCUAUAGUGGGGACCCCCAAGUGACCGCCUCUCUCGUUGGUGUCACCAGCAGCUCCUGCCCCGCCGAGCUCACCCAGAAGAGAGAGCUGACAGAUGCUGAGAGCCGAGCCCUGGCAAAGGAGCGCCAGAAGAAAGACAAUCACAACCUGAUCGAGAGGCGGCGAAGGUUUAACAUCAAUGACCGCAUCAAGGAGCUGGGGAUGCUGAUCCCCAAGGCCAAUGACCUGGAUGUGCGCUGGAACAAAGGGACGAUCCUGAAAGCUUCUGUGGACUACAUCAAGAGGAUGCAGAAGGACCUGCAGAGAUCGCGGGACCUGGAGAACCACUCUCGGCGGCUGGAGAUGACAAACAAGCAGCUGCUACUCCGCAUCCAGGAGCUGGAGAUGCAGGCGCGCGUGCACGGGCUGCCCACCUCCUCGCCCUCAGGUGUCAACGUGGCUGAGCUGGCUCAGCAGGUGGUCAAGCAAGAGGCCGGUGCAGAUGAGGGGAUGCUCCCCCCCCCGGACCCUGAGUCACAGCCGGUGCUGCCUCCACCGCCGCAGUCUCCUUACCACCAGCUGGACUUUACCCACAGCCUGAGCUUUGACGACGGCUCCCAGGGCUUCCCGGACAGCCUGGAACCUGGCCACAGCGCUUCCUUCCCUUCCCUAUCCAAGAAGGAGCUGGACUUGAUGCUGCUGCAGGACACCAUGCUGCCCUUGGCCUCCGACCCCCUGUUCUCGGCCGUGUCCCCUGAGGCCUCCAAGGCCAGCAGUCGCCGGAGCAGCUUCAGCAUGGAGGACGCAGACAUGCUGUGACGAGGAGCUGCGCCCGCGCUGGGGGCAAGGACUGGGCCUUCAAGUUUGGUUAGUGAAGUCACGGGGCACUCUUCCUCCUGGGGGAGGAGCCCGUCCUGCUGAGCACUUGAAUCUACAUAGGAGUACAUUUUCUCUAUGCAACGGGGGUCUCGCUUCAAGGCUCACCGGGUACCACCAUGUCUUUUGCAAGCUUUUUUGUUGCCCAGAGCUGGAGCCAACCUUCUUGGCUUGCCGUGGCGUUGGCCUGGCUGCAGCUUUUCCAGCCAGGCAGCAUGAUGUCGGCUGCUUCGCCUCCCACCGUGUCCCUGCUGUGCUCCCUGUGUGGGCUCGGAGCUCCACGUCCUGGGUGUGAUGCUCACAGCUCUCUGCCUCGCUGCCCCCUCCCAGUAUUCCCCUGCAGUGCCACUGAUGGCUUUGUCACAGAGUCACCUCCCUGCUGGGGCUCCUCCUGACAGUGCCUCUCCAGGGCAGCGGGGAGAAGCGGUGCUCCAGUGGAGCAAGCAAAUUCCCAGGGCAUGGGAGGGGAUGUCCUAUGGAAUUUCGUCGCUUCGAUGUCGUGGAGGUCCAGCAGCACUGUGUCCAUCAGCCUCCACCCCACAGAAGUGCCUCUGCCCUGAAACAUCACACUAUGCUCUCAGCUCAGGAGCAGCAUGUGGUUUUGAUGCUGACUCUUUGCAUGCAUGCCGAGAGACGACGUCCUGCCCUGCAUCAGCGUGGCAGCCGUGCCAGGGGUGGAUCUGUGCCCAUUGCUAAACCUGAGCAUCACUUCUUGUUCCACUGUUGGCAGCAUGCUCCCAGCCUCACCGGUGGGGCUGUGAGGUGUUGGUCAUUGCUUCCCUGGCAGCAGGGGGGGGAGCUGGGGGUGCGAAGGGGAAAAGUGAAAAAUACUGCACUGAUCUGUGAAGCGCAAAGGGGAGCACCAGGGAAGGCUGCAUGGAGCCCUCUGCAGCGCCCCAUCACGGUGCAGCGCUGUGGGGCUGGGGGGAGGUUGGGUGUUGGAGAGCAGGAGCCUGUGUGGGGGUCAGUGUGUGCCCUGUUCCACCAUGAGGAUGGGGAGCAGUGGGGUGAGGUGGGGAAGGGAUGUGUGAGCCAGCUCCCAAGGGAGAGGUGCCUGUGU